CCUAGACCAGACGAUAGACUUUGACAACUACUAUAAGUUUGACAAGUAUUAUAAGUUGGUUUUGUUUAUUUACUUUUAUUAUGUUCAACGUUUAUAUGAGAUAAUUCACGAGAAAAACACCGUGUAUAGUUGUAUAACUGAAACUAAUUUAAUUAAAAAUGAGUAUAAUUUAUGAAGCUAAUAAUUGUGUUUUAAUAGACCACAGAGAUUAUAUAUCGAAAAUAUACAAAAAUGUUGUUAAUGGCAAAGUGCUUAAUUCUCAUACGCUAUUGGCAAAGUUAUUUAACAUUGUAAGUGAAAAUAGUAAAAGCCGGAAAAGAAAAUACAACUGUGAUAGGUUUAGCGUGGAAACAACAAAAGUAUGUAAAAUGUAUGAAAAAUUUAUUAAGGAUUUACCAGAAGACAUAAAAGUAAAUAUAAAAAAUAAAUAUAUGUCAAUGGACACAUCUAAUGUAAGAGAUAUGUCUAAGACGCUUUUUGAAUCAACAAUAUUUGACCACUCUGGCCUAAAUGGUGGAAAUAAUUCCAAUGCACCAUUAAAAUGUAAAGUUAAGAGUGAAUAUUUUUUGAUACCACCUAGAUCUAGAUUUUAUUGCGGCUGCAUAAGAAAAUAUACAAAACUUAACAGAACUUUUGAUAUAAUUGUAGCUGAUCCACCCUGGUGGAAUAAAUAUAUAAGAAGAUUGAAUGGUGCUAAUGAUAAAUUAAGUUAUUCAAUGAUGGAUAAUGAAGGUAUCGCAUCUAUACCUGUACAAAAAUUACUCGCCCCUAAUUGCCUAGUGGCAGUCUGGUGUACUAAUUCACCAAGCAAUGUUGCCGCUGUAAAAAAUGAUAUUUUCCCCAAAUGGGGUAUAAAAUAUGUAGCGACCUGGUACUGGAUUAAAGUGACUGUGGAUUUGGGAACUGUAUGUCACUUUGCCUCUGAGAAUAUGAAGCAGCCAUAUGAGAGAAUAAUUCUGGGUACAAUUGGGAAUGUGAAAGCAAUUCCGGAUGAUCGGUUUGUUGUUAGUAUACCAAGUGCUUUGCAUUCCCAUAAGCCACCUUUGCUGGAUUUGUUGACGCCCUAUGUGACCACCCAGAAUCCCGAAACACUGGAAUUGUUCGCUAGAUAUCUUCUGCCGGACACAACUAGCAUCGGCUACGAGCCUCUGAAGUGGCAGCACGAAAACUUAUAUGAAAGUAUCUCUUGAUGUAUCGAACAACUAUAGAAAUAUACAAUAAGGUAAAA